AUGUACGGCGUAUCACGAGCGGACGAUGGAUGUUCGGAACAGAUCGGUUAUAUAAACACAGUUUCGUGGCCGCCUUUGAGCCAUUCAGUCCGUCUCUCCACAUGGUCCAGAGUCGUUAAACGUCAUCAACUGUCCAAACGUGACAGCUAUACUUCACUCACGAGUCACGACGGACCUGUGAUUGAGCUGUGUAUCAAUAAAACUAGUGUUGAUGUGUGA